AAGGGAGCGAGCAUUUGGAUAAUUUGGCAUCAGGACGCGACCCGGUGGGGCCUGGGAGUCUCCCAUUGUCCUGCCGUACUCCAGCACCCUCCUUUCUCAUUUUGUAGGUCGCACAACUCUUUAUAUUCGCCCUAAAUGCUCCCGGUGUCUCACAAUUACAGACACCUCAGCUCUCCCCUGCUGCGACUCUCCUACCCACCAUCCUCUCCCACCCCUCUUCUCCUCCUCUUUGUAGCCUCCCCCGCUCUCCCACCUCCCUUCUCCUGCACCCUCCUCAUCGGCCUCCAAGAUAGAUUCCCUCAGGAGUAAGGUUGACCUGCUCAAGCUGCCCCUGGCUCUCACCACUAAGUCCAUCUCCGAGCGCAAGAGCCAGCUGGGAGGAGUCGGCGAGCAGCGCGGCACGGGGGGAGGAGGAGGAGUCGGGGCUCGUAAAGCCCGCUCACCACCGACCCGAGACAUGGACAACGAGUCGCAGUACUCGGGCUACUCAUACAAGUCCUCACACUCCCGAAGCUCCCGCAAGCACAGGGAUCGGAGGGAUCGUCACCGCUCUAAGAGCCGAGACAGUAGCAGUCGUGGAGACAAAUCGGUCACCAUCCAGACUCCUGGAGAGCCGCUGCUGGAUGCAGAGUCGACCCGUGGAGAUGAAAGGGAUGAUAACUGGGGCGAGACCACUACGGUCGUCACCGGCACCUCAGAACACAGCAUCUCCAACGAGGACCUGACCCGCGUCACCAAAGAUUUGGAGGAGUCGACUCCGCUGGAGUGCAAGCGCUUCAUUGGCCCAGCUCUGGGAGGCUGCCUGAGCUUCUUUGCCCUGGUCACGCCUUUAGCCUUCCUCAUCCUCCCGCAGGUCUUGUGGCGUGAUGCCCUUGAGCCCUGUGGCACGCCCUGCGAAGGCCUGUACGUCUCUCUGGCCUUUAAGCUACUCGUCCUGCUAAUCUCCUCCUGGGCGCUGUUCCUCCGCCCUCCUCGUGCCACGCUCCCGCGCUUCUUUGUCUUCCGUUGCCUGCUGAUGGUGCUGGUGUUCCUGUUUGUGGCGUCAUACUGGUUGUUCUACGGCGUGCGGGUGCUGGAGCCCAGGGAGAGGGACUACAGGGGGAUUGUGCAGUACGCUGCCUCGCUGGUGGACGCGCUGCUUUUCAUACAGUACCUGGCUCUGGUGCUGCUGGAAGUGCGACACUUGCAGCCGGCCUUUUGCCUCAAGGUGGUCCGGAGCACAGAUGGAGCCAGCAAGUUCUACAACGUGGGCCACCUCAGUAUCCAGCGGGCAGCUGUCUGGGUGUUGGACCGUUAUUACAGCGACUUCUCUGUCUACAACCCGGCCCUGCUCAACCUGCCCAAGUCCAUCCUGUCAAAGAAGAUGACCGGCUUCAAGGUUUACUCCCUGGAUGAAAACCCCGCCAAUAACUCCACAGGCCAGUCCCGGGCCAUGAUAGCAGCUGCUGCCCGGAGGAGAGACAACUCUCACAAUGAAUUCUACUACGAGGAGGCUGAGAUGGACCGCAGGGUCCGCAAACGCAAGGCUAGGUUGGUCGUGGCGGUGGAAGAGGCCUUCACACACAUCAAACGUCUCCACGAAGAUGAAGUGGCCUCAUCCCCCAAACAUCCGAGGGAGGUAAUGGAUCCUCGGGAGGCAGCUCAAGCCAUCUUCGCCCCGAUGGCCCGAGCCAUGCAGAAAUACCUGAGAACUACCCGGCAGCAGGCCUUCCACAGCAUGGAGAGCAUCCUCACACACCUGCAGUUCUGCAUCACACACAACAUGACGCCUAAGGCCUUCCUGGAGCGUUACCUCACCCCCGGUCCCACCAUGCAAUACCAGCAGCAGAACGGCAGAGGGCGCCAGUGGACUCUAGUGAGCGAGGAGCCGGUGACCUCAGCCCUACGUCAGGGUCUGGUCUUCUCGCUGCGCCGCCUUGACUUUUCCCUGGUGGUCACGGUGACGCCGCUCCCCUUCCUGCGGCUCGGGGAGGAGUUCAUCGACCCAAAGAGCCACAAGUUUGUCAUGAGGCUGCAGUCGGAGACUUCGGUGUGAAGGCAUCUCCACGUUGAUUUUCCUUUAUUCCCACACUGUCCUCUCCUCAUGCUGGCUCCUGCUGGAUCACUGAUGUGGCGGGACAUGUGGAGGCCAUGUGGUCCACUCCCAUCCAAUCAUUUUCUGUCUGUGACAAAGAAGGAGAAUCCUCCUGAUUAAUGAUCAUCACAGAUGCUCUAAUAUCUAACUGUGAUCAGCUCAACGAUUGUUAAACCUGGAAUUAAUGAUGCCUUGACUUUUUCUUUUGC